AUGGCAUCUCCUCCUAUCGCUGGUGUCUACACACCCGUACCAACAUUCUUCAAAAAUGACUUUUCAAUUGACUACGAGAGUCAGAUUAACCAUGCUCGAUUCUUGCACGAAAACGGAAUUGCUGGACUAGUUAUCAUGGGUUCCACCGGCGAGGCGGCACACCUCACGAGACAAGAACGGGCAUCGGUAAUAAAGGCGGUGCAUGAGGCUCUCCCACAAAUUGUCAUAAUUGCUGGAGUCGCACAAAAUUCUAUUCAAGACACCAUUGAUGAGAUUGAUUCAGUGAAAAAUGCUGGUGCUAGUUAUGCUGUGGUUCUACCAUCAUGUUACUUUGGUGCCUCUAUUAAACAAGAAGGAAUAGUUGAUUUUUUUCGAACGGUAGCCGACAAGUCUCCGCUACCAAUCAUGAUCUACGUCUAUCCUGGAGUCUCCAAUAAUAUCAAUGUUGAGCCCCAGACGGUUGCCCGGCUCUCGAAACAUCCUAAUAUAGUAGGAACCAAACUUUCCUAUGGUGAUGUGGCCCACCAUACACAAGUAGUUUGUGAUUCAUCUGAAAAUUUUUCAGUGUUCACUGGCUUGGGACAAAUCUUGUUGCCAACAUUGUCGGUGGGAUGCUGUGGUACAAUCGAUGCCUUGUCCGGAUCGUUCCCUAAACUUUUUGUGAAACUAUUUGAACAUUACCAGUCUGGAAACUAUGAAGAGGCGCGGAAGCUUCAGUUCGUUGCAUGCAAAGGAGAGGAAAUUGUAGUUCGUUUUGGCGUGGUUGGAAUCAAGAAAUUGGUACACUCUAGAGGUUUUGGAGAGUCAUAUUUGGGUCGGGUUCCCUCAAAUCAUGAUAUUGAUGCUGAGACAUGGAAUUCUUACUCCGGUACUAUCAAGCUCUUGGAGUCUACAGUAGCAAAUCUAUAA